AUGCCAUCCUCCGUGAAUUACCGCGUCAUUGAACCGCACCCGUCCAUCCCGCACACCAGCCGACCUGCUCUGCACACGGCGCGCGGCGGUGCCGGCAAUGUCAUCAACCUGAAGGGCACCAGGACCACCGACUCGCGGACGGCCACCGGUCCGGCCUCGUUGACGCGCCUGGACUCCAACGUCCCUAGCACCUUCACCUCCGGCCGCGGCGGCGCGGGCAACGUCCACAGCAGUAGCGAGCGCGCCAUCUUCAGCUUCGACGAGGAGCUCGAACGCGGCCUUCGCCGCGCCGCUCCCGUCUACCACGUCGGUCGUGGAGGCGCCGGCAACAUGAUCUUCGGCGACGAUUCCUCCAGCAGCCUGAGCCGCAAGUUUUCCGUGAGCAGCAAUUCCACCUCGAGCAGCACCGGCUCGACACGCGAGCGGGCUCUGCGCGGUCUCGAGAAGGGUUGGGGCAAGCUCAGGGGCAUGGCAUAA